ACCUUUCGUGCUACUUGAUUAUUAUGCCUUUGUAAUAACGCUCGAAACACAACUCCUUCAAAAUCUCCAAGAAGUUAGUGGUUGGCUAAGUUUUACAGAAAGUGAUUGGGCACUUCAAUGGCUUUCACAAAUGAAAAAGAUGCAGGAUCUAAGGGAUUUGUGAAGAGAGUGGCUUCAUCUUUCUCCAUGAGGAAGAAGAAGAAUGCAACAAGUGAACCCAAGUUGCUUCCAAGAUCGAAAUCAACAGGUUCUACUAACUUUGAAUCCAUGAGGCUACCUGCAACAAAGAAGAUUUCAGAUGUCACAAACAAAACAAGGAUCAAACCAUCAGGUGGUGUAACACCACCACAAUUAAGAAGGGAAAAGAUCGAUGAUCGUGGUGGUGGGAUCAAUAACAAGUUUGUAAAAUGGAGAAGCUUUGAUGAUAGUGAUUCUAUUUGGUUAUCUUCAGAUUGUGCAUCUCCUACUUCUCUUCUUGAGGAACGCAGGUUAUCUGUUUCGUUUCGUUUCUCGGUUGAUGAGAGUGUAGUCUCGUGGUUAUCAAACCUUGCUAAAGCUUCCCUUUCUCUGAAUCAUCAAGAAGUAAGUUCCAUUAAAGACCGUCCCAGAAUCCCAAGAAACACUAAAGAGAACAUACAGAAGAAAGAUUCAUUUAGUUCUGCUCCAAAUCUCACCGUUAUUGAUUCUUCUACUCAGAGUUCACAAGGAAAGAAAGUUAACUUUUCACAAUCUUCAGGUAUAGAACUUGAAUCAGGAAAUCAUUCUCCUUCUCUGAUAAUCUCCUCUGAUGUACCAUCUGAUCCGAAUAAUCACACGGCAACUUCUUUGGUUCGUAAGAUAAGUUUGGAUGAGAAAAGUGCAGAGAUUGUGGAUUCUAAGAGCAGUAGUAGUAAUGUCGAUGAGCCGCUUUUCUGGCCAUAUGAACAGAGAUUUGAUUGGACACCUGAGGAUAUCUUGAAGCAUUUCUCAAUGUCACCUCGGAGAAAGAAAUUAUUCAAUGCCAAAGUUUCUGCAGGUAGCUCUCCAAGAUCCAUGAGAGCACAACUUCUCCAAGCAAGAAAACUAGAUCUUAAAGAUGGUAGUAAGAGAAAGCUUGUGUUCAAUGGCCCUUUAACAAACGCAUCCAAGAUUCCAGAGCUCAAAAGAACUAUCAGCAAUAACAGCAACAAGAAAAAUGACAGCAUCAAAAACGAGCCCAUCAGGAACUGCGUGAAGAGGAACAAAAGUUUGCCAUCAAGGUUGAGAAAAUCAAGCAAAACAUGUUCAAAGGUUGUACCUUUUGAAGUUGCUGAAGAAGUGAUUGCCGUAGAGAGAGCCAAAGUGGAAAUAACAGCUAGAAAGCUCAUAAACCGUAGAAGCAAGACAAUGUUGGAAGAUGAUUUCGCAUUGAUUAAUGAUUUUUCAAUAGAAAACGCAGUGGGGCUUGGUGAGUUUAAGGGUAGAGAGGGUAUAGAUUCAGAAUUUAACUCUGACACUUUCUUGUUCGAUGAUUCUCUUUGAAACUAAUAGAUUAUGUACUUGCCAAAACAAAAACAAAAAAAACUCUCUUUGGCAACAAAUUUUGUUCCUGACUUUAUGAAUUUUCUUUUAUAAUCAGAUUCUCAUUUGAGUAGAGAAGGCUAGAGAAAACAACCCUAUUUUGAUUGAAUGAUCAGUUUUGAGGAAUUUGACCUAAACACACACAUCCUUUUAAAAGCUUGAGA